CCCGUUCAUGAACAUAAGUCUAAUUUUUUGUGUGAUUUCUUCGUCAAAAUGGGCUCAAAUAGAACGUAAUGGAUAGUCGAUAAUAAUUUAUAUGAUCGACCCGAACUAGUUGUUGUUGUUUUGUCUUCUUCGUUAGUUUGCUUUCUUAUUGUUAGUACAUGCAUGCAUUGGAUUGGGCUCCGUUUGAAAUUUUUAUAUAGGUUAUUGACAUUCGUCAUGAUUUAUCGAUUUUUAUACAUAGGAUAUGAUAAUUCCCCCUGUUUGGUUCCAAAGAAGAACGAAUAAAAUUUACAGGAGAUUUGAAAAAUUAAAGAGAGAAAUUGUGAUUGUUGAAUCUAAGCUAGCCUUUUGCCAUAGGUUUGUUGAAACUUGAAAACAUGAGUUUAUUAUGAAGUUGUGUUGAAAAAUAGUUUUUGGAACAUGAAGUUGUGUUUGGACAUGCAUUUUACUUGGAAAUUUUUUUUGAAGUUUUGGGCCAGUUUUUGGAACUUGAAAAUAUUUUGAAGAUAGAUUUUCAAAAAUUGAUCAAAUUUCAUGAACAAACAAUGUUUUCAAUUUUUUUUUUUUUUUGAAAAUCUAUGGCCAAACAGGAGCUAAGGUGCACUUGUUUGUGGUUUAGUUAAUUGGGUUAACGCCUCUACUGCAAUUCUUGUUGUUGCUUGUGGCCAAAGAAAAAAAUGUAUAAACUGCUUUUCUAGGCUCGUUUAGUCUCUUUCAAGCUUUUAUCAGUAUGAAUGUUGCUGAGUUCUCAUUUUAAUGCAGAUUGUUGAGCCUCUGAAUAGCUUAUAAAUCCUUAGAGGCUUCAAGAAUGUCGACACAUAUGGGGGAUGUAUCUAACAAUGGUAGUAGUCUAAGAAAUAUUGACUCAUUUAGUAGUGUAGCUGAAUUGGAAGACAUUGAUUUCUCGAGGUUACCUAAGCCAAGACACUUGAACAUUGAGAGGCAGGGCUCAUAUGAUGAGAGGUCCCUUACUGAAACUCAACUAGGUUUCUCUCCCCAUCCCCCUUCUAGAGCUGAAAAUUUCUUCCGCGCUUUGGAACAUUUUGAUGGUGUGUUUUCGCCAUCAAAAAGAUCGGGGUUCACUACUCCCAGGUCACCUUUUGGGCAAGGGCCACAUCCUAUGGUUGCUGAGGCUUGGGAAGCUUUGAGGCGAACGUUGGUGCACUUUCGUGGGCAGCCUGUUGGGACAAUUGCUGCACUAGAUAAUUCAGAUGAAAAGCUUAACUAUGAUCAGGUGUUUGUUAGAGACUUUGUUCCAAGUGCGCUGGCUUUUCUAAUGAACAGGGAACCCGAAAUAGUAAAGAAUUUCAUCUUGAAAACUCUUCGUCUUCAAUCAUGGGAGAAAAAGAUAGAUCGAUUCCAAUUGGGAGAGGGUGUAAUGCCAGCUAGCUUCAAGGUACUUCAUGAUCCGGUUAGAAAUACCGAGACAUUAAUUGCAGAUUUUGGUGAGAGUGCGAUAGGAAGAGUGGCUCCUAUUGAUUCUGGAUUUUGGUGGAUUAUAUUACUUCGUGCAUACACAAAGUCUACAGGGGACACCUCCCUGUCUGAGAUGCCAGAAUGCCAGAAGGGUAUGCGCCUGAUACUUAGUUUAUGUCUUUCAGAGGGGUUUGACACAUUUCCAACUCUUCUUUGUGCUGACGGCUGCUCUAUGAUUGAUCGUAGAAUGGGUGUGUAUGGGUACCCAAUAGAAAUACAGGCGCUAUUCUUCAUGGCUUUAAGAUGUGCUCUUCUUUUGCUCAAGCAUGAUGCUGAAGGGAAGGAGUUCAUAGAACGCAUUGUGAAGAGACUGCAUGCGUUGAGUUACCACAUGAGAAAUUACUUUUGGCUUGAUUUAAAGCAACUUAACGACAUAUACCGAUAUAAAACUGAAGAAUAUUCCCACACAGCAGUCAACAAGUUUAAUGUCAUGCCUGAUUCUCUUCCAGAAUGGGUUUUUGAUUUCAUGCCCGUUUCUGGUGGCUAUUUCCUUGGAAAUGUUGGUCCAUCAAACAUGGAUUUCCGUUGGUUCUGCUUGGGCAACUGUAUUGCAAUUUUAUCAAGCUUAGCAACCCCCGAACAGGCAACCAAGAUCAUGGAUCUUAUUGAGUCACGUUGGCACGAAUUGGUUGGAGAGAUGCCUUUGAAGGUUUGUUAUCCGGCUAUAGAGGGACAUGAGUGGCGGAUUGUAACAGGAUGUGACCCAAAAAACACUAGAUGGAGCUACCACAAUGGGGGAUCGUGGCCAGUGCUUCUAUGGCUCCUCACAGCAGCAUGUAUCAAGACGGGGAGGCCUCAGAUUGCAAGGCGUGCCAUUGAACUUGCUGAACAACGGUUGUCCAAGGAUGGGUGGCCUGAAUAUUAUGAUGGAAAACUUGGCCGAUUCAUUGGCAAGCAAGCUCGUAAAUACCAAACAUGGUCAAUUGCUGGUUAUUUGGUGGCAAAGAUGAUGCUUGAAGACCCAUCCCAUUUGGGAAUGAUUUCACUCGAGGAGGACAAACAGCUGAAACCUGUCUUGAAACGAUCAGCUUCGUUUUGAUUGAUACAUUUCUAGCCUAAUAUGUUGUCAUAUAUCCCAGAAUGUGGGAGAAUACAAUUGAAACUCCCAGGUCAAGCGAGAGAGAGGUUAAAAAAACAAAA